AUGGCGGAAGUGGAGCAGCAGAAGCAGCGGGCCUUCCGCAAGGUCACCUACCUUGGCGAGGACCUUGACAGGCUGGGCGAGCAGUGCCGGGGCAGAGCAGCUGAGGCAGCCCUGGGAGCCCGGCGUUGGCUCCAAACACAGCCUUGGGGGCUUCCUACUUUCCCAGUGGCCAGGAAGGAGGCGGGGCCCCCGGAGAAGCCGCAGGUGGUGAAGGUGCACCUGUGGGACGUGACCAUCUCGCGGGAAUGGUGGGCUCCACAAGGGCAAGACCUGCAACAGGUGGAAAUCGUGUCCCUGGCAAGGGGACCACCCGCUCCUUGUACCCACAACCUCUAG